GAGAGAGAGAGAGAGAGAGAGAGAGAGAGAGGGAGGUGGGGGCUGAAGUAAAAUUAGUGGAAGAACAGAAAGAGACCCACACACCUCAUCACAGAGAGACGAGGGAGUAAGCGUCCAGAGUAAGAGGGAGAGAGAGUGGGAGGAGAACAAAGAGUGGGAAAAAGGCAACCAUGCUGAGGAGAAAGAGGAGCGUAUCCUUUGGAGGAUUUGGAUGGAUUGACAAACCAUCAGUUACUGCUCUUCGAUCCCGGAAGCAGGAGAUGCUGACCAUCUCAAGUAUUCCCCUGGCAGACUGCCCUCCAUCUCCACCAAGAACUGCUCCUGCUGCCUUGAAGUCUGCGCCAUUUUUUGAUUCACUCGAAAAGAUGGAGGAUGACUUAUCCGUUCCAUAUCUGAGUAUCGAAAAGGUGUUAGAGGAUGGUCCACCGUACCCUCAGGUGAUCCUUCCACGGCUUGGAGGUUAUUGGGUCGAAGACCUUGAGACUCCAGCCGCCACCCCAAACUCUGGAGAAAGCAGUUGUUAUUAUGAGGAAGAUGAAGAAGGCAUGAACCCAGGGGGAGAAUUUGGAUAUCGACUGGAGAGUAACUAUGGCAUACAAGCCUACCGCAACCACUUUCUGGGCAAAGAACACCUUGACUUCUACUGCACGGCCAGCAACCAUGGCAACCUCGUCAUGUCCCUCCGGCAUGAAGAAACAAAGGAUCGGGAGCAUCUACACAUCAUUUUAAGGACUCCAGCAAAGACAAUCUAUGACAGGAUUUUGGUCACAGGUUUGCCCGAGCUCCCCAGUGUCCCUCAGUUAGCCAAGCUCCUUUGUGAAGAUAUUGGCAGCUUCAGGUUUAGUCCCGUGCUGUAUCCUAGGGGGUCUCAGUUAAUCAUGAAUUACGAUGAACAUGAGCUUAACAAUACUUUCAAGUUUGGUGUCAUCUACCAGAAUUUUGGUCAGACAUCAGAAGAGGAGCUGUUUGGAAACAGUGAGGAAACACCAGCUUUCAAUGAGUUCCUCCAAGUCCUCGGAGACUGUGUGGAACUGCAGGAUUUUAAAGGUUUUCGAGGUGGUCUGGAUGUCUGUAAUGGGCAGACAGGCUCUCAAUCAGUUUACACUGUGUUCAAAGGCCGGGAGCUUAUGUUCCAUGUCUCUACUAAGUUACCAUUCACAGAAGGAGACACACAACAGCUUCAAAGGAAGAGACAUAUAGGAAAUGACAUAGUGGCAGCAGUUUUCCAAGAAGAGGCCACACCCUUUGUGCCUGACAUGAUCGCAUCCAACUUCCUUCAUGCAUAUAUCCUGGUCCAGGUGGAGAAUCCCGGGACAGACGACACCACAUACAAGGUCUCUGUCACAGCAAGAGAUGAUGUGCCACACUUCGGUCCUCCACUCCCAAAUCCACCAGUCUUCAGAAAGGGCCCAGAAUUCAGAGAGUUCCUGCUGUCUAAGCUGAUCAAUGCUGAGCUGGCCUGUUACCGCUCAGAUCGAUUUGCCAAGCUUGAGGAGAGAACGCGAACAGCAUUGCUGAACAGCCUCCAUAAUGAGCUGCAAAGACAGACUCAGGUGCUUCUGGGUCAGCCGCUCAGUGGUGAUGAGGAGCGAAUGGAGAACGGAAGCCAUGGGGGAAUACUGGAGUCUAUCAAGCGAGCAAUGCGUGUGCGUAGUCACUCAAUGGAGACGAUGGGGGGCUCUCAGAAGCAUGGCCGGUCUGUAGGCAGUGCUGGAGUGCCCACCAGUCUGAGUGGAGCAGGUCUCACCCACAGCAGCCCUGAGUGCAACAGGAACUCGUCCCCAGUAUCAUCGACGGCUAAGUCUCCUCUGAAGAGCCCGGUGAAGAGACGCUCGUGUCUUUUCCCACGGCUGCACACUAGCAUGGACGGUCAGACAGAGCGUCUAACACGCAGUAUGCUCUGUGAUCAGAGGAGUCUAGACAACGGUCACCUCUCACAAGAAGUUAAAUCAGAGACCUCAUCAAACCCAAGUUCUCCAGAGAUCUUCUUGAGUAAGGAAAGACCGAGUCUGAAGCUGAAGGAGUGCACUCAAAGCCCAGAAAUCUCUCGCUCUCCAUCAAGCACCAGCAGCUUCAGUAGUGUGGCUGGAGAUACAGACACACUCGAGGAAGGAGACCCUAACAAUCUCCAGGUUUCUCCCAGUUUGUCACCUGUGUGUAGUUCCUCUCUUGGUCUGGAGGGUCAAAGUGUAGGAACUCCUGUUAUCAUGUGUCGCAGUCCCACAGACUUCAAGCAUAAGAAUUCUCCCAGGUCCAGUCUGAGGUUCCGCUUCGACAAGCUGAGCAACGCAGCACCUGGGCACUAGUGACCGGACAAUGAAGGGAGACCAGGAGCACUGUGUGAGACAGAUAUGAGCUGUGGAAUGAGACACCACACUGAGGAAGUGGGACACUGGAUUUGAAAUAUUGCUAAAGCUUGAGUUGCCUCCAAGAUGCCAUGAGUGAUAUGAUCACACACACAUUUCAUAUACACAAAUAACACAGCAUUAUUAGAGCUUAGCAGGUUUAUUCCACCAUUGAUUCUGUUUACCUUGAAUAGUAAGCCUAUGAUUACAAUGAAGUUUUUCCAAAAAAAAAAAAAAACUGUGAUGAGUUCAUAGGAUAAAGCUAGAGCAGAGCAUUUGAUAGCAACAGAUAUCAAUGGUUGAGACAGAACAGUGAACGUUAUGUCGGACAACAUUCCUGCAACAUAUUUAAUUCAAAACAACAAAGAAUUUCAGAAAUAUUUUUUAGUUUCUGUUUUGCACUGGCCAUGCAUUGUGAUUUAUUGUCUUUGACAGCUCAGCUGAAUGAGAUUAGAGUUCCUUUUAUUGUCCAAAUAUUCAUAUCUGUUAUUAUGCUUGGUAAUAACCAUGCAAGCAUAUGAAAAGUAGACAAACCUUUUGUAACCAGGGUCCCCUUUCAGUGUGAACAAAACUCAUACACUCCCUUAUAAUGUGUGCACAGAUUUUUUUUCUCACAUUAUCCUAUCAAACUAAUUUUAGGUAUUAUAUGGGCCAGCUUAUUUAUUUAUUUAGAGAUUUAUUGAUUUCGAAACGUACCUCCAAAGUACACACUCCAGUUACACUGUGUUAAAUUUUUUUUAUUGCCAUAAUUUUCUUAGUUUUACCAAUAUUGCCCUUAAAUUCAAUUAAAAUGAUUUAGAUGUGUAUUUUAUGCAGCUUUUAUUAAGCUCAUUCAAAUUUAGGGACCAGUUACUGUUAUUACAAAAUAUUAACUAUACUAAGCUUAACAAGAGAAGUUGGCAGACAUCUAUACAAACAUCACAACAUUAAUAAAAAUCAGAUUAAAGUCUUUGACCCCUUGGCUAAAUGUCACAGUGGGCACUGAGUUAUUGCAUAUUGUUUGAUUAAAUCUGAGCCUUGGUUAAUUAAGUAAGAAAUAAAAACGGACAAUGAUUAUUUUCCUAUAACAGCAUGUCCUCAAGUGUUAUUCUUCAUAUACCAUGGCAAUUUAUAGGAAAUUUUAUUGUAGAACAUCUGUAAACUUUAUGUUUUAACUUGAUUUAAAUUUUUUCUCUCUUGAAGUUAAAGAGGCAAAGAAAAAAUACAGCUUGAAACUGGAAAGCACUCAGUCUUGCAGAGACUGCUCACAGAAAGAUUUACUCUCAGCUUUAAUCCAUUUAUGUGGAGAAUCUGCAAUACGAGAUACAAAUCCCUGUGUGACUUGUUACUAUAGAAACGGUAACAUGAAAAAGAUUUUUGUAUCAGUGUGACUACUUUGCUUAAAUAAAGCUUAAGUAAAAGAACUAGCACAACGUAUUAGAACAAGUGAGUUCAUAUAAACCUGUCUUUUGUCUUGCUGCCAGAAAUGCUUUCAGAGCUGCUGUUAUAGAAACUUCAUCAUAUUCUGUCCAAUCAGAGUCAAGCAUUCAGCUGUUUUUUUAAUACUGUAGUAUUAAAAAAACAGUGAAUAUGGGUAUUAGUAGGAGUGACAGAGAAAGCAAUUGGAUUAAAAAUUGUUGGGAGAGAAAACCCCAUUUACGGGAAGUGCAGGUUUAAUUUCCAAGAAAGAAAUAUUUCUGCAAAUAUUUUAUUUUAGAGAAUAAAAUCAAAUCAAAUAUCUGGUACAAUGUGAGAUUUAUAGUAAGUAGUUAGCAAUACUAGGGUCUUCUAAGAGAGAAAUGGUACUGAAUCGUGGUACUAGACCUCAUGGAAUACAACAAAUUUAGAAAUCGACCUUUAUACAUCUAUAAAUAUAUAUUUAUUCUAGUUGCACAAUGCUGUCUUUGAUUUGGAAUAAACUUGAGUAAUUGUUAUUGAUUCAAAGACAAUGAGCAGUUCACUUGGUAAUAUUGUUAAUGCCAUAUAGAGAUAUUAUAUGUUAAUGGAAUGAAAUGCACUUGUUUAUACUGUAAGUCCAGCACUUUUUUUUGUUGUUGUUGCUGUUGUUGAUAUUGUUUUUCUUACCGGAUAAAGCUCUGGAUUUCAUUGCA